ACAAGCCCGGCUUCCUCUGUUCUGUUUUGUUCUAACGCCGGAAGCCCCCAAAGCUCGCGUUCCUGUCGGAGGCGAGAGAAUUCGCGAAGCGACGCCGCGAUUUCCGAUCACCGCCCGCCGGGGAGAGCCAGCCAUGUCGCGGUCCCUGAGCAUGAGGUCGUCGUCGCGCCGCGACCUUCCGCCUCCUCAGAAGACAAUUGAUAGGCUCGAAAACAUGGUGGAGGGAGGGAAUUACUACGAAGCCCAACAAAUGUACAAGUCAACCAGUUCAAGAUACAUUACUUGUCAGAGGUAUUCAGAAGCGUUGGACAUCCUUCAAUCAGGAGCUACAGUUCAAUUGAAGCACGUGCAGGUGACUUGUGGUGCUGAACUUGCGGUGCUGUUCGUGGACACUCUUGUGAAGGGACAAUUUCCUUAUAAUGAAGAAACUUUUGGUCGUAUCAAAAAGAUGUAUGAGGCUUUUCCCAGGAUACAUAUGCCCCAUUUCCUUGGGGAUGAUUAUGACGAUGACGGGCAGAAAUUAUCUGAAGCUAUGUCUUCUGCUAAAGUGCGUGCUGAGGGUUGUUCGUCAUUUCUGAAAGCUGCUCUCAGGUGGUCUGCUGAGUUUGGGACAUCAAGAAAUGGAUCUCCUGAGCUGCAUGUUAUGUUGGCUGAAUACAUAUACUCAGAAUCUCCAGAAACGGACAUGACUAAAGUAUCAAGCCAUUUUGUGCGCGGAAAUGAUCCUAAAAAAUUUGCUGCUAUGCUGGUAAACUUUAUGGGCAAGUGCUACCCUGGUGAAGAUGAUACUGCAAUGGCACGUAGUGUCCUAAUGUACCUAUCACAAGGAAAUCUCAGAGACGCAAAUUUACUUAUGGAUGAGAUGAAGGAGCUUCUAAAAUCUGCUGACUUGGAAUUCCCUAAAACAGAUUUAAUUCAGUUUGUGAAGUAUCUUUUACCAACGCUUGAAAGAGACGCUUACCCUCUUUUUAGGACACUUCGACAAAAGUACAAGACAAGUACAGAUCGAGACCCCGUAUUUGACGAGUUAUUGGAUGAAAUAGCCGCAAUUUUUUAUGGCAUACGGCAACAGAACCCUCUGGAAGGACUUUUUGGUGAAAUGUUCAAGAUAUAAUAGACGAGGAAAAACUUGAUCAUAAAGUCAUGCAUUCAGUGCAAUCAUUGACCAGAAUAAUGCAUUUUUGCAUUGACAUGUCAUCACUGGGAGAUCAGAAGUUGAUCUCCCAGGAAAAAACAGCGGAAGAAGCCGUCCAUUGGCACACGCUCAGCCAUGGUCACCUGAGGUUGUACAUUUCACAUCAAACUGCAUGAAGAUAUAUGCACCACCGAUCUGUUGUAAAAUCAUUCGAUUGGUUUUGAUGUUUAUUUUCAUAGGGAAGGUUUUGUUGGUUUCCAAACUGUGUAACAGAACUUUCCUUCUGAGAUCACUUGGUAGAUUAUACAGUAUUUCGUUGUUUUUGCCUCAUUCUCAUUCUGCGCUAGAUUUGUUUCGGAUUCUCGACUGUAACAAUAAUAAGUGCUACAUUCUUUCUUUUCAAGUUUUUGCAUAUUCAAA